UUCUUUUUUUAUGAUAUUGAAACCUGUGCCUUUCGAAGCUGCCUUCGUGGACGAGAUGUUGGAGACGGUCGAUUCGCCAAAAUGAACACAGACUGCACCAAGCCUUCUGUUGCUCCAAAGCCAAGGUUUGUUUGUCACGCCAGCCUGAAGCUGCACUCCCCUCUCAUGUCUGCAACCCGGGGUCCCAAACCUUCUAUAGCCCCAAAACCUAAAGUCACACCAGAGCUUAAUGGCAACCAGGGAGGAUGCAUUAAUGGUGGCCUGCUAACUUCAGAUGGCGAGGUUGAUGAAGAGCUCGAGACAGAGCUCGGCCUAAACAAAGUGAUCGCGGACAGGUUGCCUGCAGAGAAACGGCUGAACUGCUGCAUCCUCAAAUCACCACAAAAAGAUGUUGAGAAUUUGUCGGGGGAGGUGGAGGAUGGAGAGGUGACAGAGGAGGGAAAAGACAUGAUUCAGAAGAUGGAUAAGGACUGGAGGUUAACUGACAGUGCUCUAACAGAGGAGGUGGACUCCCUCGAAACAGUGUGGGUCAGUGACGCCGGACUCACAGCUGACUCUGAGGAGGUGGUGGAGAUGGUUGACACAGACAUGACGGAGGACAUGGACGCUGAAGGUUGUGACGCGGGCGAGGCGCUGGCUGACACAGAUGGCCUGUCAGUGGGAGACAUUUCUGUUAAUAGCAUUGAUGAGGAGGCAGGCUGCUACUCUGCUGAAAAUCGACACAUGAAGGAAAAGCUCCAAAUCGGGGAGGACGAGACAGGUGACUGUACAGCAGAUGAUUUAACCGAGUCUCUCACAGACGAACCUUGUCUCCUCAUCAAUGACAAAGAUGCACAAGUUUUUCUAGCAGAUGGAGAGGAAAAAGAAGAGGAUUCUGCUCCUGAUUGUGGCAUCACGUGUAGCAUCCUGAAGUUUAGAUGUGCCCAUAAAACAAAGGAAAAGGUUGAAACCCUACAAAACAUUACAUGUUAUGACUUUGUGCCUGAAGACCACAAACAGGUCUGUGAUACAACUAAGAGACACGUUGCUGUGGAAGAUGAUCCAGCUCAUGAGCCUUAUUACGUCUCUUCAGAGGACAUCAUCAACAGAGAAAUGAUGCCGAGGACUGACCCGGCUCAUCGACUACCAGAGAGUCCACUCACACCGCAAAAACUUUUGUCCGUGAACAGCGGUGGAGUAUCAGCAGGGAAACAUAAGGAAACAGCAAAAAAUGGACAGUCCACUGAGGAUUACGUAGAGAUUGGUAACAAUGGGUACAGCUGCCACAACAGUGAUGAAAACAAGGUAAGAACAUAUCAGAAAUGGACGAUGAAGACGGAAGAAGCCAAAGCUCAGACAGCGGACGCCUUGCUGAAUCAUUUGGACUGCCAGCCGAGGUUCAGGCUGGUAUCCAUCUCAGUGCCGACGGACACCGACACCUCGCUGACGUCUUCUCUCUCAGAAAGCCAGCUGCUCUCACCAAAUGACUCAGAUGUGUUCAGCGACGAGGAAGACCUGGAGGGUCACAUAGUGCCCUUUCUGGAGGACUCCACCGACACGGAGCAGGACAUCAGUGAUGAGCAUGUCUACGAGGAGCCGGGGCACAGUUCAGAGAGUGAAAAUGUUUUUCCUUUUGAUAAGAGGUCAACAGAGACGCGCUCCCGCUCACUGUCACACCGCAUUCAUAAUAAUGUGGCUGAGAUGGGAGUGCAGUUCGUUCAGAGGCCCCACAUGAGUACAUUCGGACAACCUGCAAUGAGCAGCAGCCCCAUGUUAAGCUCAAUGGUGCACAGGAGCUAUGCCAAACCCCAGUAUUUGUCCCUGUAUCCCCGCUCCCUCUCCAUGGAGGGACAGGAUUCGUCUCUGGGUGUCUACAGCUACAGGGAGGGAUCCCCAAGACAGGGAGGUGCCAUUUGUUCAUCUGGAAGCUUCUCUCGGUGCUCACCUCUGUCAUCCAGCGGCCUGUCCACUCCAACAUCUGUAGUGGAUAUCCCUCCUCCGUUUGAGCUGGCCUACAUCACCAAGAGACCCAUCACAAAGAGCUCCCCCUCGCUUUUCAUCGAAGGAGACUCGUCUGAGAAAAACAGGAAAAAGAAAUCCUCCAUUAAGCGUUUCCUGAUGCUGAAGUUUAGACGGAAAACAGACAACAAGCCUGUGGUGGAUGUCAACCCGUCCUCCUUUAAACCGUCAGCAGAAUCCAGCCACCACAUGGCCAGCAGACUGCUGGAUCCAGAUCGACACAGCAUGAGUAGCUCUCCACAGCUCAACUCCCGCUCUGCUAGUAGACUUCAUGUUUCACCUGAGCCGGCCUCUAAGUUCCUGCUCUACAAGGACAACAAAAGAACAGGGAGCUCUGUGGCCUUCCUCAAUCGCAGCGUGGUCCGGGUGGAGUCCUUUGAGGACCGCUCCCGUGUGCCUUUCACACCUCUUCCCCUGACCAAACCUCGCUCCAUCUCCUUCCCCAACGCGGAUACCUCAGACUACGAGAAUGUUCCUGCCAUCAGCUCGGAUUACGAGAACCUUCAGGUCCCCCAGCGGAGGCCUGUCCGACAGGCGCCGUUCACAGACUUCUUUGACCGUCCCAGUCGCGUGCUGUCCUCCGCCAAUGAGACGGAUGGUUACGUAGACAUGAGCAGCCUCCCUGGGUUCAAGAGUACAACUCAGUCAUCUGAGCAGGAAACAGAAAGUGCCUAUACAGAAGCCUACAACGUGUGUUCGGUGGCCGCUGCUCCACAGACCGUUUCAGUGGGUGACGUCGCGGGAGAGACGGCUGGUGGGGAAGACCAAGCACGCACCUCAGAGGAGGAAGAGGGAGGUGCAGACAGUAAUUAUGACAGACAGCCUGACGGCCGAUCCAGAGCAUUUUACAUCGUGAAAGAGCUGGUGGAUACGGAGAGAUUACAUGUGAAAGCCCUCAAGCUCCUCCAGGAAGACUUUCGGGAGGCGGUGGGAGCAGCAGUCGGGGACGAGGGGGAACCUGUGUUGAAUGAAGAGAGGCUUCGAGAGAUUCUCAAUGAGCUGCCUGAUGUUUACACACUACACCGCAGAAUCCUCAGCGAGCUGGAGAAUCGAAUCCGACACUGGGAGGAGAACCAGAGGAUUGCAGACAUCUUCCUGUCCAGAAAAGCAGAGUUCUUGGUUUUUACCACUUAUAUCGGCCACUACGACCGGAGCAUGAGCCUGCUGGAGGACAGCUGUCGAACUUCACCUGCCUUUGCAGCCAUUGUUCACCAGUUUGAGCAGCAGAGUCCAGCUGGGGAGAACGUAUCCCUGAAACAUCAGCUCCUGCAGGUCAUUGUGCGUGUGGCUCAGUACCGAAUGCUCCUCACUGAUUAUCUGAACAACCUCUCCCCUGAUUCCAAGGAAUAUGAAGACACCCAAGCUGCUGUGGCAGUAGUGUCUGACAUUGCAGAUCAAGCAAAUGACAGCUUGAAACAUGGGGAGAACUUGUUGCGUCUGGUCAACAUAGAGUACAGCGUUCGCGGCCUGCGGGACCUGCUGCAGCCUGGCAGGGUCUUUGUGAAGGAGGGCACCCUGAUGAAGGUCAGCAGGAAGAGUCGACAGCCCCGCCAUCUGUUUUUGAUGAAUGAUGUGCUGCUGUACACCUACCCUCAGCAGGACGGGAAAUACAGGCUGAAGAAUACUCUGCCACUCACAGGGUUGAAGGUCAGUAAACCCAUCAUAGAAAAUAUCCAGAAUGCGCUCAGGAUUGAAGGAACAGACAUUUCCAUCACUUUGUCUGCAAGUUCCUUCAUUGAAAGGGAGGACUGGUUUUACACUCUAAGCCGCGCUGUGACUGAUCACACCAGGGGAUCUGCAGCAUUCACCAGCUGCUCAGAGGCCAGAGAUCGUUUGCACCUGUCUCUAGGAGAGAAAGCUCCCACACUUGUUCCAGUCUCACAAGUGAUGAUGUGCAUGAACUGCACCUCAGAUUUCAGCAUCACUCUGCGUAGACACCACUGCCACGGCUGCGGAAGAAUUGUUUGUCGAAGCUGCUCCAGGAACAGAUAUCCACUGAAAUACAUGAAAGACCGCAUGGCCAAAGUGUGUGAUCAUUGUUACAACGAGCUAAAGAAGAGAGGGGGAGAUGCAUCUGCACUGCCAGGUAAGAACAGCCCUCGUCCAAACCGCUCCAGUCGCCCUCUCUCUGCUGUGUUCCAAAACAUUCAUCCUCCCAACAUCUGGAGGCAUCGGAAAGGCACCGCCUCCUUCACUCAGGUGACCGUGUCAGAGGAAGGCUCCAUUAGCGGCAGUCUACAGCGCAGCAAGAAGAGCAAGAGGAGCUGGAAGAGACUGUGGUUCCUCCUAAAAGACAAGGUGCUUUACACCUACCGAGCCCAAGAGGAGAAAGUAGCAUCAGAGACUUUACCUCUGCUGGGUUUCACUGUGAAGCUGCCUGACAAGCAGGAAGGAGAGGAGGUAGACGCCAAGAUCUUCCAGCUUUACCACAAAAACACUUUGUACUAUACCUUUAAAGCAGUGGACAACCACACUGCCCAGAGGUGGGUUAACGCCAUGGAGGAAGCCACCGUUUUAUAGGAUGAAAAGGUGGGUUGCCAAAAAUAGAAGUGUGCUGUCUUUCUUCUGCUCCUAACAGACUGUGAAACCAACAAGGAAACACAGGGAAUAAAACACAACAUUUGACUACGUCUGCAAGUUGUAACUUGCCUGGCUGGAGUGGAUAAAAGAAGACAUGGUGUUCUUUUGCGAGGGGACACGAUUACCUACUUUGUCAUCCUCCAGUGUCCCCUGCCUGCUGCUACAGCAGGUGUGACGCUGAGAACCAUGAGAGGUGUUGGCCCAAAUACCUGCCAGUGUGGAACAUUACAUUGAUGUGACCUGUAUUUCCCCCAGCAGCUGAUCAGCAACACCCCCCCGAAUCACUGGGAAGAAAGACGAUUCCAACUAUUCUUUUAAGACAACAUAAACUAAAACAUUUCAAUAACUGAACAUACACUUUAACCACAGUCUUUUUACUGUCAUAUCCAUGGAGGCUGAAAAACUGUAACAAAUUUAAUCCUCCCUCAAACAUGGCCAAAUGUGGAAUGGCCUGAUCUUCAGUUAAAAAAUGAAUUAGUUAUGCCUUCAUUCCAACAUGUGUUCCUCCACUGGAUUAAAUGCAUCUCUAUGACUAAUACUUUGAAGCACAGGAUGUAUCAAAGAUUGAGUAAUUUUAUAUGUAUAGAAGUGACUGUAGCUUUGCCAUGUACUGUAUUAUUGGAGAUGGUCCUGCCAGUGAAAAAAUAGUUUCUAUGCAUUUUGCACUGUUAUAGAAAGGAAAGAACCUGAAAAAGAAAUAUGAGUGUACUUUCAUCAUAGAGGCCAAGAGCUUCAGCUUAUGUACUUCACUUAACUUACUGAACAUACUUGCUUUUAAUCGAGAUAAGUGUUGCCAAUUAUGUCUUUAUUGUUUUGAAUACCUAAAGCAAGCGUCAUGUAAAUUCUUAUUUGUAUAAAGACGUCACAUCCAGCUGUGCAGAUUGUUUUGCCCUGGACUGAACCAUGAAUGACUGAUCUACAUAAUCAGUGUCUUUGAACUGUACUUCAGCGACUUUGUACUGUACUUGAUGAUUAUUAUGUUUAAAUUUCUAACACUAUUAUUUUAAA